AUGAGUGCAAGUUCAUCCACCACAGAAUGGCUGAGCUUGAUUCGACAGUGCGUCUCUGAUGGUUUGGGUGUGCCAGAAGAAGACGUCGAGGAGAAAUCUUCGGCCAUGAGUCGAGGAUGUGCCAUUCGGGCAGGUGUGGGGGCUGUGGUGCUUAUUGGUCUGACCUCUGCUGGUGCUCUUGUUCUUCGCGACAUCGUGCUGAAGGAGCUGCAUCUGACUCCCAGCCACCUGCCCUUGACUUUGGCCUUCGACUUCCCAACGCUUCGAAAGCUGACGACUUUCUUGCAAGACGCUCAGGGACAACCGGCCUUGUCCACGGAGCCAAACCGGGAGACGGGGGCCAUCGAGUCCUCGUUUCGGAAUGUUGGAGUGCAGUGCAUCACAACCACUCUGGCGGACAGCAGUCAACAUCAGCAGUUCUUGCAGACCGCUGUCAUUGGCUGCGAUGCAGCCAUGGAGAUACCGUUGGCAAGAUGGGAUGUGAACGCGUAUUGCGAGUAUAACGACACCGUGUUUGUGACUCACCAUGGGUCUUUUCUGGCAGAGAUCGACCUCUUUGAUGCAGCGCACUUUGAGAUGAGCCUUGCCGAGGCUGCUGUUAUAGAUCCGGGGCAGCGUCUGGUCCUCCAGUGUGCAUGCGAAGUGCUAAUGCCACAGGCAGAAGCACCUAACCAAUCGGCUGGCUGUGCAGUCGUCGUUGCGCAGUUUCAGAACGACUGGUCUCUGCUCAUGGAAUCUUGCAGUGGGAUUUCGCCGAGCUCGCAUGCAAGUGCAGCUGUUUGUGCCUGCAUCGCAGCCAAUCGGGUUUCCUUCAGCUUUGACCUGCAUGGACCCAGCUUCGCCAUCGACACUGCCUGCUCCUCGGCCCUGGUGGCAGAGCCUCACCAGCAUUGGCUGCAGCAGUCAACCUCCUGCUGCACCCCGCAGUCUUUCGAUACCACAGCAGCUCAGGACUGCUUUCGGGCAGUGGCCGCUGUCGCAGCUUCGAUACCAGUGCAGAUGGCUACGGCCGGGCGGAGGCCGUGGGAGCUCUUUAUCUCGACUCAGGGGGACCCAAGCUGGAAGCCGCAGCAGUCCUUAGCUCUGGCCGCGGUGCGAGCCUCACAGCGCCCAGUAGUCGCGCGCAGCAGGAGCUUCUGCAUGAAGCUUUGGAACAAGCACGUCGGCUGCCAGAUGAUCUUGUCAUGCUGGACUGUCCUCUAA